CUCUUGAUGUCGCUCACUGCUUAGAGUUUUACGACUCGCAAGGAGUGAAAGCGACUCCACGUCGUGUCCCAUUGUUUGCAAGCGGACCUUAUGAGGCCUCAUCUGCGCCCAGCGUAACACAUGGUUUGCGGUAAGCUGCAGCUAAUGUGUUCUCCAAGACACAGCGGCCUCCAGGUAUCUCCAUUCGCGGCCUGCAUGCGAUCCCCCCGAUGUCGACAUGCAGAAACACGGUGUAAUGAGGCAUACGCGUUAUUCGGAGAUCGCCGCUGCGGCACCGGCCCGGCGCCGUCCCUUACUUACAGACUCUCCGGUCCAUAAAUAUGGCUCACCGAUUUCUCCUUACGUCUCCCCUUGCCAGCUCGCCAACUCUCCCAACUCAUUAUGACCAACGUCCCACUCGACUGCGUGGUCGAGGAUCGCGGCGGUGUGGUUGAAAAUCGCCACUUGAUUCACGCCGCAGUGGCGACGGCCACCGGCGAGCUACUCUACGCUGUCGGUGACCCCAGCCGCCUCACCUUGAUCCGCUCCGCCGCCAAACCCGCGCAAUCCGUCGCGGUGCUCGAGGCGCUCGCGUCCCCGUCUCCCGACUCCACUUUACCUCCCAACUUCUCGCUCACGGCCGAAGACAUCGCGCUCAUGUCCGCCUCGCACUCGAGCGAAGACCGGCAUCUCGCCCACGCUUGCUCGCUACUGCAGCGAGGGGGGAACUCCCCGGCGGACCUGAAAUGCGGCGGCCAUCCCGCGAUCUCGACGAGCGUCAACGAAGCUUGGAUCAGGCAAGGGAUCACACCGGAGGGGGUCCACAACAACUGCUCCGGCAAGCACGCCGGCAUGCUUGCCGCCGCGCGCGCUCUAGCCGCCGACACAGACUACCACCUCCCCUCGCACCCUGUCCAGCUCCGCGUAACGGGCGUGGUGGAAGAUUUAAUCAGCCACCUAGGAGAAGUCAAGUGGGCUGUGGACGGCUGCAACCUCCCCGCGCCGGCGAUGCCCCUCACCUCCCUCGCGGCGAUGUACGCUGCGUUCGCUGCCGCUGACGCCUCGCGAGGAGGGAGGGAGGCGGAGAUGGCGCGUGUCUUCGACGCAAUGCACGAUCAUCCCUUACUGGUCUCCGGGACGGGGCGGUUUUGUGCCGCAGUCGCCCGCAUACCUGGCGUCGUGGGCAAGGUCGGUGCCGAUGCGUGCUACGGUGUCGGGGUGCGUGCCGCGGGACGGGAGAUGGGGAUUGCGGUCAAGGUUGAGGACGGUAACAUGGACAUCCUGUAUGCCGCCGUAGCUGAGAUCCUGGAGCGGCUGGGGAUAGGAUCCGAAGAGGAGAGGCGGGGAGUGAAGGAGUUCCACCAAGCAGAGAGACGGAACACGGCGGGCGUCAAAGUGGGACUAGUCACAUAUCCUUUCGUACUCCGCGACAUGCAAGUGUAAUUAUGCGUGUU